AUGGUCGAUAUUGGUGGCCCCCAGGGUUCAGUACUGGGACCCAUUUUGUUCCUUAUCUACGUGGACGAUGCCGCAAGAGAUUUAGACUGUGAAGUAGCAAUGUUUGCGGAUGACAUGAAGAUAUGGAGUGUAAUUCGGGGUCCUGCCGAUGAAUACAGACUCCAGAUGAACCUGAAUCGGUUGGAGGAGUGGUCCAACCGUUGGCUCCUGCGGUUCAACGUUGCUAGAUGUAGCAUACUUCGCCUAGGCAGCACAGCCAGAUCCGCCAGCACAAGAGGCUACUUUAUGGGCGGUGCAGCCCUACAAGAGGUCGAAGCCCAAAGGGACCUCGGUGUGCUUACGACGAGUUCCCUAAAACCAUCCGCCACUGUUCGAGGGUGGCAAAAAGCGCAAUGUCCGUACUGUACGCCAUCAAGCGUGCGUUUAUGGACUUUGACGAAGAAGCUUUCUCUAAGACAUUCGGAACAAUCGUUCGGCCGCAUUUAGAGUACGGCAUACAAGCUUGGAGGCCGUGGGCUGUUGUGGAUCAAAACUGCCUCGAAAGAGUCCAGAGGAGAGCCACGAAGAUGGUUAUGGGUCAAAGCUCCUUUCCUUAUGCGACCCGCCUGGUAAAUCGGAACCUCUUUCCUUUGAGUUACAGACAAAUUCGCGGGGAUCUCUUGCGAGCCUUCCGCAUUGUAGAGGGGUUGGAUUGCAGUCUGGCCUUCGAGGACUUUUUUGAAUUUGCUACCACGACGAACCUCCGAGGUCACCCGUUAAAACUGCGCACUCGGCAGGCACGGCUGGAUGUGCGGAAGUUCUCCUUCUCGGUUCGGGUGGUCAAACCAUGGAAUGAGCUUCCCGCAGAUGUUGUGAUGUCACCAUCUAUACAAAGUUUUAAGAAGAAUCUGGACAUAAUUAUGUUCCGAAAUGACCAAGAGCGAUGAGAAGUCGAGCUCACCCCCUGUAACCCCUUCUCAUUUUGUCCCACCAUUAUGGGCGUAUUCGAACUAUUUCAGCCCAGAACAUCUAUCCGUACACCACACAUUUUUUACGUUGCAAAUAGGGUACUCAAAGGCUUGCGCCUAUUUCCCUCAAUAAACUGAACUGAACUGAACUGACGACAACUUCGAGAUCUACUAUCAGACAUGAGCCUUAUAACAAUGGCGCACGUAGAUCCCUCUUGAAUGUCGGACGAAAUGGGGAUCCGUAUGUUGACUUGUAGCUUGGGGACAAGAGUUAAUUCGGAUAAACAGGAUUUGUGGAUCAAUAAAUCACCGAUGCGCCUUAUUAGCAUCGAGCAUAUUCACAGAAGUUUCUAUUUCUAUUAGGCAGUGGUACUCGAAAUCCAGUUGUCAUUUUAUACGACAAAAUAACGGAUCCAGGGGUAUUUUUGCAGGAAGUCUCAACGCUCAAUCUGUUUCAGCUGCUGAGUUACCUUUUCUUCUGCUGAGACCGAGAAUAAUCAAAGAUAGGUCAAGGUCAAGCCGCUGGUUUUAAAUUUGAAGAUAAGUGGAGGAUAUUAUUUUAAGUGGUUUUUCAGUGAGACCUAACGAUUUUAGUACCUGUUUUUUGGUUGAAUUUCCUUAAAUACAGGCCUCUUCUCUAAGAACUGCCUACUGCCAUCUCCUUUCGAGUUCUGCUAGUCUAUGCCCGUUGUUCACUAAUCACACUGUGCAGUUCUCAUUUUGUGCAUCCGAUAUCUCUCUAACUGUUGUAAUUUAUUUUUACAUCGUUAGCCCCUAGCUGACAUUCAGUCAACUCGUCUGCCAGAAGUUUUCUGAAUCACAAAUUGCCUCGAGACAAGAUGAGACCAAAAGUCACUGGUCGACGUAAGCUCUCGGCUCUUGUAAGUAAACAUGGCCUAACUAAACGUAAGUCAGAAGCUUUACCUAAAUCUAAGUCAGAUGAUAUUACUAGUCAGUCGUCACCCGUUGUAAUUGGUCGGCAGCUUAAUCUGUCUGCACUUGAACAGUACAAUGACUUUAUGCUAAAGUUUGGCUCUUUGUUGACAAUUCUUGGACAUUUAUUCGACGGGAACAUCUCUGAUAUUCCCUCCGAAGAAUGUAGGCGUCUCGACUCACUUGUUCAUCUGAUCGCCAGUGAAUCUAGUGAUAGACAGAAGCGUUCUUACAACUUCCUGCUAAGAAAUGUUCCCCGAUCUGCUCGGCCAAUUGAUGUUGCGACCAAUUUCCUGUAUUCAUGUGGUUUCAACUAUAAAAUAGCUGAUGCCAAACGCUUGUCCUCCCGUAGUACAAAUCCACCCAUCUUAGUCAAAUUGUUUUCACAAUCGAAGUUGACACAAUCUUUACUCAUCGAGAGCGUGUCACUGCGUACCUAGAGAAGGCAAAAUUUUUCCUUUGUCAUGAUCUUACUCCUAUGGAGCGUAGAAUGGGGUCUCUAUUCUCACGUAAACCUACUGCUUCUUAGUCUAAUGUUCCCCAACUCGGUCAUAAUACAAGUGACUGUAAGGAUUCAGCUUCUCAUACUCCUGCGACAUCUGACUCCCUCCUUCCUCAUUCUCCUACAUCUCCAUCUCACUCAAGCCACUUGACGCAUUUGCCUGCCCCUAAACUUGCAGCAGCAGCAACCCAUUUGUCGUUUCGUAUCCUCCGGAUAGUCCCGCUGAGACACAUGAAAAUCCGUCUACAUCAGCCAGACCGAUAACUUCUAUUGUCCAACUGGGUGCUGUAAGGUCUACAGCUAAGUCACCCGUGGCUUGGCGUCAGAACGUUGAGACUCGAAAAUUGAAUCAGACUCCGACCCAAAAGAAAGGUAGUACAGUUCCGUUUAGGGGUACGACGCCUUCUUUUAGAUCUAACAAGUCUGUUCAGCCCAGCACGUCUGCAAACACCGCAGCUCCAAUUAUAUCCCCGAAUAAUUCUCUGUCCUGCGUACCGGUUACUUAUCAAAGCCCUACUAUAUAUCCAGCAAAUAAUUCAUACAUGAAUUGCCCUAAAUCAUUUAUGCCCCAACCUAGUUCAGGCUUCCCAAAACUUAAGGCCAAUUGCUCUCAGGUACGUCAACUUAUCUACUUUGACUUCCAAUCUAGACCUGGUUUCACACCAUUUCAUUCUUUUAGUGGCCUACCCUCACCCACUAGCCCCUACUUUCCUUCUAGCCUCCCUCCUCCUCCGCCUCCUCCACUAUUUAACUACCAACAAGUCUAUCCAUGUUCUAACUCCCCUAGCAUUCCAAUGUUUGAAAACUAUAUCCCCACCUCCUUUAGGUCUCAUACUUAGCCUUCUCUUGCUGACUCCCCAUACGUCAAUAACUCUAAAUUAACUGGUACUUAUUCUCCAAGUGUCAUUAAUUCGCAGCUUACAUAUCCGCCUCCAAUUUUUUUUAAAUACCGUCGAAAAUAGCAUUGCCGUUCGAAACACAUUAAAUAUUAUAUUAUUGAAUGCCAGGUCUGUUAUAAACAAGAUGGCCCAAAUCAGAGCCAUUGCUCUGAAAAUGACGCCUGAUAUUAUAUGUGUAACAGAAUCUUGGACACAUUCUCUAAUUCCUGACUCUGUCCUUCUCAUAGAUGACUUCGACUUUUACCGCCAAGACCGCACGACUAGACGUGGGGGUGGUUAUCUUCUUUAUCUUAAAUCCUACCUAAAGCACUCUCCCUAUUACUUGGAUGUUUGCUCAUUCACGGGAAACUUCUGCUUUGCAUCUGUUAUUCUCUCGCCGCAAAGAAAGGCAAUUAUUGGCUGUAUCUACAAUCCCCCAAAUUCUUUAACCAGUGAUGAUUCUCAACUCUGUGAAAUCUUUAAAUUAAUUUCGGAAGCUGCUUUCGAUGUUAAAAUAAUCACUGGGGCUUUUAAUCUUCCUGAAAUAGACUGGGUUUCCAAUAGCUGUUUACCCAGAUUCCAGCCCUUUCAAGAUAUUGUCAAUUUUUCUAAUUGGUCCCAACUGGUGCGCUCUCCAACAAGAGAUAAUCACAUUUUAGAUCUAACCUUUACCAAUGACAUUGCUCCUCUUUCUGUUGCUUUAAAAAAGGACCUCUUUGACAGUGACCACGUAUUAAUUCAUUGUGGCCUACCGCUUGCCUUUUCAAAAAAGACAAGCGCCGUUCAGACUUUCAUGAACUACGACUGCGUAGAUAGCGACUUAAUAAAUAACUAUAUGAGAUCCUUGGAUUAGUGUGGCUUCCUCACUUGUAGCGAUGUAACCAUUCUUCGUGAUGUCAUGUCCAAUGUUUCCAAGGACAUUCUAGAGUUUGUGCCGCGUAGAUAUCUCAAGCCUAAUUCUUCAGAUUCCCUUGUUCCUCAUUUUCUUCAGAACAGACUAAAAACGUUGAGGCGACGACUGCGUGACCCAUCCACUAGUUCCUUAUCUGUUUAUCUUAGAAUCACAGAGAUAUUUGAGAUGGCCUCAAGGAUGCGCCAAGCGCGCGAAAGGCAAAGAGAAUCAAUUGCUCUCAGUGGUUCGAACAUUGGCAAAUCCGUCGCUAACAUCUUCCGUCAUCGGUCCUCCUCUAAGCGUGGUCAUGAACUUCCACCCAGGCUAAAUGAUAACAAAGUCUUCCUCCCCGAUGACACUGACAAGCCGGAGUUGUUUAGUGCUUUCUUUGCGAAACAACUUGCUACCGAGUCCGAUCCGGUCCCUUUCUUUCGAUCACUUUCAGAUAGGACACUGAGCACAAUUGAUGUCUCCUCAGAUCUCAUUAAAAAACACAUAAGCCGUUUGAAAUACUCACACUGCUCAGGAACGGACGAGAUUCCGAAUUCGAUUAUUAAACAAGCGUCCGACCUUCCCAUAUUGCUCAGUCAUUUAGUCUCGGUUUAUAUUUAAAAAGGAUUCUUUCCUGAAACAUGGAAGACGCCAAUUAUCAUUCCCCUUUUCAAGUCAGGAUCUCGGUCCGAUGUUAAUAACUAUCGGGGCGUGCACAAAACGCCGUCUCUAGCAAAACUUCUUGAAAGGAUUAUUUUCAAUGAAAUUCUUAACUUCUGUCUAGCUAAUCGGCUUCUGAGCUCUAGUCAACAUGGAUUUUUACCUGAACGAUCCUGCGAAACAUGCCACUUGGCUUUUCUUAAUCUUAUCACUUUUCUUCGUAAUGAGCGGCAGUCAGUGGUAGUUAUUUACUUUGAUCUUAGCAAAGCCUUUGACAAGGUGCACCAUAGACGUCUUUUAGUAAAAUUGGAAGCUCUCGGCAUCCGGCCGCCUCUAUUCGACUUCAUCAGGUCCUAUCUGUCCAACCGAUAGCAGAAAGUCAUGGUCGGUAAUAGCUACUCGACACCCCACUCGAUCUCGAGUAGCGUACUUCAAGGCACGGUUCUGGGUCCGCUACUCUUCCUUCUGUACAUCAAUGAUAUUUCGACUGAACUCGGAAAUUCGCAAACUUUUACUUAUGCCGAUGACCUCAAGUGUGUUUAAUCAUACUCUAAGGACACCGCAAAUGUUUGUGUUGAAAAAAUUAAUGCCGAUUUACUACGCUUAAUCAGAUGGGGUUCGACAUGGCAGAUGGAGUUUUCAUCAUCCAAGUGUAGUUUCAUGUCUUUUGGUCCUACCAAACUUCCUGGUCCCAUAAUUUUUCAGAAUAACCCACUCUCAGAAUGCCUCACCAUAAAGGACCUAGGUUUAAGUUAUACAAAUAAGCUUGCUUUAUCACCUCAUGCAGAUAGAAUCUGUGCCAAAUCCGCGCAGAUAUGUGGAUUCAUAUCGCAUAAUUUUUUCCUUCCGGAAAUGAAGCUAAGACUUUAUCAAAUGUUUGUUCUUCCAGUCCUCGAAUAUUGCUGCCCUUUCUUCGGUUUAAUGAACACCUGCGACCGUAAUAAAAUCGAAAAUGUUUAGAGGGUUUUCACCCGGAAACUGUUCUCUCAAGCUUCGUCCAGUAUUUCUUAUACUCAGAGAUGUCAACUGGCGAACAUGAAGUUUUUGUGGGUUAGAAGACUCGAAGCUGGCCUUUGCUUCCUUUUUCGCAUCAACUGUAGCUCCAUUCUUCCGCACAUUGACACUCUCACUCUGAGGGAUCGGUCUUAUGCCACGCGUAACUCCUGCAUGGUGAUUCCGCCGCCUCUUUGUACUACUUCUAAGCGCUCCCUCUUCUUUGCUUCCAUAUAUGCCUUCCUUUGGAAUAAUAUUCCGCCUGAAAUUCGAUUAUCGCCUAAGUUACUGGUAUACAAGUCGAAUUUACGCAAACAUCUUACACUGGAAAGCAUAAAGGCACUGUUAACGGUCUCAUUCCCGAACACUCAGAUUCUUGACUUCGAGAAGGGUCCUCCUGGGAUUUAGUGGUAGAUUAAGUGGUAACUCUUAAUUAUAUCAUUAGAAACCCCUGUUUUGAAUUGGUUUCUAAAUCCACUGCUAUCACUCCCCCCCCCAUAGCGACAAUUUUCGCGGUUUUUGAUGUCAUCUCUCGCAUUCCGACCUCAUGCGGUCUGUCGACGCUCACGGCGGAACCCUCAGUAUUCACUGUCUACUAGUAGUUCGGUCGUACCUCCCUUCCUCACUGCUCGGUUGAGCUCGAAGCGUGCUGUGGCCGAUCGCAUCUGGGUUCCUCUCGUCUGGCCUCCUUGACGCGGCGUAUCAAUCCGGCCCAGACGAUCUCAAUUGUGAAUCCCGUAUACAAUGCCAUUUGCAAACCAGUCCUGCCUGACCCACAUUCGACAUUUAUUGCUACCCUGACGAUGACCGACAACAUUCCGCUAUAUACCGCCACCUACAGGCCAGACCUGCUCGCUUUUUUCUGUUAUUAUUUUUAUGGAGGUUUUUUUUCUCCUGUAAAAUCAAUCCAAUCAUUUUUAACUUUUUGUAAGGAGUUUUUUUUUCACCCCUCAAUCAUCAUCUUUCUCAAUGGACUUCUAAUUCAGAAACUAUGAAUUGCAUUUUGUAAAGACUCGGCCUACCUCGUCUAAAACUCGCAUGCAAAUUUAUUUUAACUUGCUUUGAUGGGACCUCGACGGGUCUUUAAUAAAAAUUAUCUAUCUAUCUAUCUAUCUCAAUGAUAACUCACCUGAAGUUUUGGUAUCAGUGACUGAUGACGAUAAUUUUAUUUCGGUAUCCUUAGACAUUUUGUGCAUUACUUAUCGGUAAGGGUUCCAAACUUACAGAAUUUCAGCUGUUACCAAACCUUCAUACCUGAAAUUACACUAAUUAUUAAAGGGUACUUAAAUGUAAACUUCACUGAAAGAUCAUUUUCAGAUGUUAUUCUAUUUGUGCCGACAUAUUUGCUAAGUUUUUUGCAGGGGUUGGUUUUCAUCACAUAGGAAACUUGACUUGACGCAAUUACAAUCAUUUUGGGCUCUUUCAUAAUUUUCCGCUUUUCUAAAAAAACUUCCUUUUGCUGAACAACGUAACAUUGCGUCUUAUAUUUCUUUAAUGUUUUUAAUCCCCUUAGGCUUGUUAUUUAUAAGCACAGAUAUUUGGUCCACGCACUGUUGUCGGAUUGCGAGGUAUUAGCUAUCAUUCCUAAAUUUCGACACGUUUCAUGAGUUAAGUAACCCACUGUACUUAGUUGCCUUCUAAAAUGCGUCGCGUCUAGCAUCUAUGACUCAGCAAGAUGUCCUCAAACUCUUUACACUGUGGGGUUGUCUGCAGGAGUUUUCACGAGACAUGCGGAUACCAUUAAAUGUAGACAGACGCUUAUUUUGUACACAUUAGGAAUAAAUUGGCUCCAUGCGAUCCGGCAAAAAUUAAGGCCUUCGGACGGUUCGUGAGCUGAGGCGUCUAUGACUAGUGGCGCAAAUUCAAGCAACUAUCGCGUCAAAGCAUACGUUUCACCUGACCACAUUUCCAACGCGUCGGAUUCGACCCUACCACAUGCACACAUGACAUCAAAGACACAGGAGUCUGCGCGGUUUGUGGUUUAUGUUGAAAUUCUUUUUCGUAAACGACACAGUGCAUUUUCCGAAAUUCCGUGGUCAGCUAUGAGAGUACUCUAAGAUCAGCAAUCGAGGGGCAGAAUUCACAGGACAGUCUAUGCUAUGACAGAGACUUAAAGCAUUUCAGAUACUAAUCGGCGCCAAUUUCUAAAAUAUGCUGAGUAUCAUCCGUUGGCUUUGAUGGUCAAGAGAGUAGUUGUGGGUCUUAAUUAGGUCAUUUAAGUUAGUAGCUAAUAAAUAAAGGUCAAAAUGUCUAGCAAUAUCAUGCCAGGUCAGUGAAGUAAAUCAGGGUGAGCACAUACAUCCAGUUGUCAAAAGUUUUAUGUAGGCCGAAGUAUAUUCAGGUAAACGGAUCGACCAGCGGUUAUUACGAUGAACUGUCUUACGUCUUAGACUAUUAAGAUGUGCUUCAAUUUUCGUCUUAGAAGGUCGUUUACUAAAAGGUUGUUUGAUGCUCCUUGAAAGUGAUAGUCAAACUGCUAGUGUUGUCUUUAAAUAAAAUCUUUCCCGUAAUAUUUGUAAGUAAGUGGUUAGAAAGUUUUUGAGAAAUGUUGAUAAUAUGUUACAGUAACUAGGUCACACAUUGCACUUAUCACCAAAUUACUGCUGUGGCAUUGCGAUGUUUUACGACAUCGGGCAUGCCUACGCACAUGGUGAAUUCCACUCAACCAAUUUCGCACGGUAAAUAGCAAUUUUUAAAACAUAGGUGUCCCAGAUCGAUUCGGAGUCUUCUCCUACUACAACAGUUGCGAGAAAUCGUAGACUAAGUCAGCCAUCUUAAACUUUCUUACAGCUCAUUUCAGCGACACUAUAAACUCUUCCCUGCGAAGGCGCCUCCUAUAUGUCGAUAAAGAAUGCUAAUGAAGCCGCCCCCACGGUUGGAGCACGCGACAAAAAGCCAUCUUCUGAGCCCACCCCCGUUCCGACUUCUCGGGUUGGGAUCGUCUCAGAAAAUUCGGAGGCCGAAUAUUUUCUUAUAACUAUCAACACCUUCACCUCCAACAAUAAGUGAUGACGAUGUAAUGGAUAGGUCCUACGAAGAUCUGCGGACAAUCCCUGUCUCUGUAAAGAGGGUCGACAAGACAAUUCUACGCAGUAGCAUCAGUGUCAGUGCAUGUAUAUGUGGCCUAUUUUGAAGGGGCGUAGGGGUGCUCCAGAGGUGGGUUCACGUGAUGGUCGUAGUGGUCGCUCACUUGCUUACAGGUGAGACUACGCCUAGCGUCCAUUUGCUGGCACCCAACUCUCACCUGUGGCUCCACUAAGCUGGGCUCUGCUCAGCGGCCACACCCCAGGCAACCGCCUCGACCGGCGGGCUAAACCUGGUGAGGGUAUCCGUGCGUGUUCCUGCACACACUGUACUGUGGUCUCCGCCGGCCGGAUGUAUCUUUGCGUCGACAUUGUCGAGACGAGGCUCUGCCUGGGCCAUCGCAGGAGGCCACCAGGUAAGUGAAUUCUCAAGUAAGUGAAAUUAACUCUGAUUUCCUUCCUUACUUGUUUGUUUUCAUUCUGUUUCGUUUGCUGAUCUUGUUGCCUGCUCUGUUUCUGUUAAUCUGUGCAUUUCUCUGAUAAUAGCAAGACGUUACUGCGCUUGACUUCGAAUGAUGCUUCUCCUUCCUUGUCUCACUUGCCUUCUUAUUUGUCCGCUUAAUUCCUGUGCUGUCUGCCGCUCUUGUUGCCCACUGCGACUGUUUGUCAGUCUGUCUGUCCAUGCCUCUCUCUGCUAAUAGCUAGGUGUCGCUGUGCUCGACUUUGAAUGUUGCCCUCUUACUCCUGUCUCUGACUGAUGACUGUGUCUGCUUGUCCAUUCUAGCUGUAAGUCCCCUAGCGUUCUGUUGGUGUGUUUGCUCUCUCCUACUUAACUCCAUCGCAUCACCACCAAGGUCUCUGGCUAACUCGGGUCUUUUACUCACUAACAAAAAGUCGUGGCCAAUAGUGGAGUCAGGCAGCCGUCUGGGGUAACCGAGCAGCCCUAUUUAGGGGGUGCGCAGCCUGCCCUCGCGAGGGGGAUGGGGCUAGAAAAGGUGCCCUAAAAAUUGCUCGGAACCACGCUGUCUGUGGGCUGGCCGUGGACGCAGACAAAACACACACGGUCUAAACAGCCAAAUCCGAAACAACAACAAUAAAAAUCACUCUCUUCCUCGUCCACCCUAUUCUCCCGCCCCCGCAAUCGCCAGACUGACAGGGUGGGUCCGCUCACUCUGGCAGCCUAGAAUGUUCGAUCCCUUUUAGACAAUCCGAGGAGCAACCGACUGGAACGGAGGACAACGCUAGUGGACCGAUAACUGGCGCGCUACAAGGCGGACAUCGCCGCACUCAGCGAGAUCCGAUUCUCCGAACAAGGCCAAAUGGAAGAGGUGGAUGCCGGCUACGUCUUCUUUUGGAGCGGUCGCCCUAAGACAGGGUGACAAGACGCGGGCGUCGCCUUCGCCAUCUGGAACGACAUCGUGGGACUACUGCCCUGUUUGUCUCAAGGCAUCAAGGAUCGCCUGAUGAGCCUCCGUCUGCCUCUCUGGGGAGGCAAAUUCGCCCCCAUCAUCAGCGCCUACGCUCCGCCGAUGACCAGCCCCGACGCUACAAGAGACUAAUUCUACGAGGACCUGCAUGCCCUCUUGGCGACUGUGUCGAAGGCGGACAAGUGAAUUGUCCUUUGUGACUUCAAUGCCCGCGUUUGCACAGACCAUGCUGCCUGGAGGGGAGUGCUGGGUUACCAUGGUCUCUCUGGCUCCAACAACAACAGCCUGCUCCUCCUCCGCACCUGCGCAGAACACCGCCUCAUCCUAGCGAACACCUUCUUCUGUCUGCCGGAGCGAGAGAAGGCCACCUGGAGGCAUUCUCGGUCGCGUAAGUAGCACCCGCUGGACUAUAUCCUCGUCCAAAGGCGAGAUCAGCGGGACGCGCCAGUGACAAAGGCGAUCGCGGGUGCUGACGGGUGGACCGACCAUCGUCUCGUCAUCUGGAAGUUGCGUAUACGUCUACAGCCUCACAGGAGACCACAAGGUAAGCGACCCCAGGUAAGCUGAAUAUUGCCUUGUUGUCUUUGCCCGCUCACCAUCUCCAUUUCAGCAAUGAGCUAGCUCAACGGCUAGACAAUCUUCUAAUCGCUGCCGUCGCCGAAGCCUGCGAUGCCGAGAACACCACCGUGGAAAACCGAUGGAGUCAACUGCGAGACACUCUUCAGUCAACGGUACUAGCCGUCCUUGGUCGCGCACGCCGCCAACACCAGGACUGGUUCGACGACAACAACGCCGUAAUCAGCAAUCUGCUAGCCGAGAAGAACCGCCUACACAAGGCCUACGUAGACCACCCCACUGCCAACAACAAAACAACUUUCUACCGCAGUCGCCGCCACCUUCAGCAACGACUACGCGAGUUGCAGGACGCCUCGACCGCUGGCAAAGUUGAGGAGAUCCAAGGCUACGCGGACCGCAACAAAUGGAAGAACUUCUUCUCCGCGAUCAAAGCUGUCUACGGUCCGCCGACGUAGGGCACUGAUCCUAUCCUCAGCGCCGACGGCAGUACCCUUCUGACUGAGAAGACAAAUUCGACAGCGAUGGGCCGAACAUUUUCGAGGCGUCCUCAACCGCCCCCCCCAUCCCCCGCCAUCGCCAGCUUGCCGCAAGUGGAGACCAACGUGGACCUCGGCCUUCCGCCAUCUCUCCAAAAAACCAUUAGGGCCGUGCAGCAACUCUCCAGCGGGAAAGCACCCGGAUCGGGCGCGAUCCCUGCUGAAGUCUACAAGCACGGAGGUCCCCAACUGAUGGAUCACCUGACUGCGCUCUUCCAGGAGAUGUGGCGUCAAGGUGAAAUCCCGCAAGAUUUCAAAGACGCAACCAUCGCGCAUCUUUACAAGCGAAAAGGAAACCGCCAAUCAACGUGGCAUCUCCCUGCUGAACAUCGCCGGGAACAUCAUUGCUCACAUCGUCCGGAAUAGUCUGGAUAAUCAUCUGGAAGAGGGCCUCCUACCGGAAAGCCAAUGUGGCUUCCGCCGACAUCGUGGGAUCACGGAUAUGAUCUUUGCCGCCCGUCACCUACAGGAGAAUUGCCAGGAGAUGCGGACCCACCUGUACUUUACUUUCGUGGACCUGACGAGAGCCUUUGACACGGUAAAUCGCGAAGGACAGUGGAAGAUCAUGCAGAAAUUCUGCUGUCCGGAGCGAUUCAUUCAGAUGGUACGUUAGCUGCACGACGGUAUGAUGGCGCGAGUCAUGGACAACGGAGCAGCCUCGGAGGCAUUUGCUGUGACCAAUGGAGUGAAGCAGGGAUGCGUGUUGACGCCCACACUCUUCAGUCUUAUGUUCUCUGCCAUGCUGAUGGACACCUACCGUGAUGAACCCCCCGGGAUCCGCAUCGCCUACAGGACGGACGGUCAUCUUCUGAAUCAACGGCGGAUGCACUUCCAAUCGCGAGUAUCCCCAACCACCGUUCACCAACUUCUCUUCGCCGACGACUGCGCCCUGAAAACCACCUCGGAAGAGGAGAUGUAA